AUGGCAUCAUUCUCCAACGUUUAUCCCCGGCCUGUCGAUGCCCUCUGCCUUAUUACCAAACAUACCAACUCCACUCACCUUACUUCUUCAAUCCUUCACAUUCGUGAACGCGUUAGGCUUCUAGAAGCCGCUGCAAAACUCACCUUUUCACAAAAUCUCAGCAAAGUCGCCGAGCUGGCCCAACUCAAGAACGAGUCUCCGCUCUGCCUCUUGCGGGCGGAGUUACCACCAUCCAUCGUGGGUGCGGAAGACCAUCUCGAUCGGGGCCGAACGCCUCGUCCAUAUGCCAACGGCUCUCCUGCGGGCAGGUUGGGUGGUCAGGCUGUUGGGGUGGAUUUUGCGGCCUUUUUAAAGGCAUCUGGCUCUCAUGAACCCUCUGUCUCGCCGCCUCGUCAACCCCAACCUGCUCCAGCUUUCACUUAUCAGCAACUCCCCCCAAAGGUCUCCAGAGCUUCACCCCGACCUGUUGCGCAUGUUGCGCCUUCGCCAUCUGUAGCUUCGACACAGAUGUCUGGAAGAAGAGGCUUGCCUCCUCACAACGUGGACCAGCCACCUGUCAAGAAGCAGAGCAAGUGGUCGCCAGAGGAGGAUGCGCUUAUCAUUGAGCUCCGAGGAAAGGGGAUGAAAUGGGAGGAUAUCUCAAAACGCCUACCUGGCAGAAGUGCGAUUAGUUGCCGCCUACAUUACCAGAAUUACCUCGAAAGACGGAGCGAAUGGGACGAAGAACGCAAGAACAAGCUUGCUAGGCUUUACGAAAGAUUCAAGCCAGAGAUGUGGGCCAAGGUGGCAGAAGAGAUGGCAGUUCCAUGGCGAGCAGCAGAGGCUAUGCAUUGGCAACUAGGGGAAGCAGACAUGGCCAGGCGUGCAGGAGUUAUCCCUUUCUCCUUGGCUGCAGUCAAUGUCGAAGGAAACAAUAGUCACAGGAGCUCACCCUCACGCAGCCACGUUCACUCACAUUCUCAAGGGAGCAUGCCUCGCGAUCUAGGAGUUCCUUCACCACGAGUAAUGUACAACAGAGCGCCACCGAUGCCCCCUGCCAGCAACCGAGCGAUUAUUUCCCGUCGAGAAUCGAUCCCACCGCCGCCUCCUUUGAAUAUGGGUCCUGAGCUUGCAGAAGUUCAGUAUAUACCAGGCCCUGGAUUAGCACCAAUUCAGAACCAGCCGACGCCUCGAAGUGCCGCUAUGCUUCCCGGAUUUGCUGAGCUCACUGGCGGUGUCGGUCCUUACAGCACACCUUCGGCUGGACCUAACAUAGGGCCCGUGGGCGGGAUGGGUCAAGGCCCUCUAUAUUCAAGCCUUGCCAGCUACUCGAUUGAAACUGCCGGAACCAAGCGAAGAGCUUCACCAGACCCAUAUCAGCAUGAGGCAAAUCAACGUCGACGCAUCGCAUAG